UGGGAGCGGGAGGCGAGAGGAAAGGCGAGGAGCUGAACCGAGCGGUGGAGGCGGAGACUCCUCAGGCUGGGCCAGGCCGGCCUCCGCGGCGACGCGAGGCGAGGCGAGGGGCUGCAUGGAGCGGCCGGUACGGCUCUGCGGACUGUGGGCACUGCUGCUCUGCGCAAACGCCGAGCUCUCAGAAACUCAGCCCCCUGUGACAAAUUUGAGCGUCUACAUUGAAAACCUCUGCACAGUAAUAUGGACGUGGAAUCCACCCGAGGGAGCUAGUCCAAAUUGUAGUCUCAGAUAUUUUAGUCAUUUUGGAGACAAACAGGAUAAGCAGAUUGCUCCAGAAACUCAUCGUUCAACAGAAGUGCCCCUAAAUGAGAGGAUUUGUCUGCAAGUGGGGUCCCAGUGUAGCACCAAUGAAAGUGAGAAGCCUAGCACUUUGGUGGAAAAGUGCAUCUCACCCCCUGAAGGCGAUCCUGAGUCUGCUGUGACUGAGCUCCGGUGUGUUUGGCACAACCUGAGCUAUAUGACAUGUUCCUGGCUUCCUGGAAGGAAUACAAGUCCAGACACGAACUAUACUCUUUACUAUUGGCACAGAAGCCUGGGAAAAAUUCUUCAAUGUGAGAACAUCGAUAGAAAAGGUCAACACAUUGAUUGUUCCUUUGAUCUGGCUAAAGGAAAGGAUUCCAGUUUUGAACAACAUAGUGUCCAAAUAAUGGUCAAGGAUAAUGCAGGAAAAAUUAGACCAUCCUUUAUUAUAGUGCCUUUAACAUCCCAUGUGAAACCUGAUCCUCCACAUAUUAAAAAUCUCUUCUUCAAAGAUAGUGCUUUAUAUGUGCAGUGGGAGAAUCCACAGAAUUUUAGUAGCAGAUGUUUAUCUUAUGAAGUAGAGGUCAACAACAGCCAGACUGAGACCCAUGGUACUUUCUAUGUUGAAGAGAACAAAUGUGAGAAUUCAGAAUUUGGGAGUAAGGUUACAAGUUGUUUCAUGGUGGUCCCUGGUGUUAUUGCUGAUACUUUUUACACAGUCAGAAUCAGAGUCAAAACAAAUAAGUUAUGCUAUGAGGAUGACAAGCUUUGGAGUAAUUGGAGUCAGCCCAUGAGUAUAGGUAAGAAGCCCAACUCCACAUUCUACAUCACCAUGUUGCUUAUCAUCCCAGUAAUUGUCGCAGGUGCAAUCAUCGUCCUUCUACUUUACCUUAAGAGGCUCAAGAUCAUUAUAUUCCCUCCAAUUCCUGAUCCUGGCAAGAUUUUUAAAGAAAUGUUUGGAGACCAAAAUGAUGAUACCCUGCACUGGAAGAAGUAUGACAUUUAUGAGAAGCAGUCCAAAGAAGAAACUGACUCGGUAGUGCUGAUAGAAAACCUAAAGAAAGUCUCUCAGUGAUGGAGAUAAUUUAUUCUUGCCUUUGAAUGUGACCCUGUGAAGUAUCAUCAAAUUCUCCAUUUGUUAUCCCAGAACUUGGUAAAUGGAAACUAAAACUACUGGACCCUUUAGAAACAGGCAGCCAUAGGAGCCAAAUGAGUGGUGCACUGACAAAGUAAAAAUAUUGGGUCCUUUGGAAACGAAAGUGGAGUCAUUCCUAUUGAAUCGUAAAAGUAGACAUCCUUUGAGAAGUCUUCAAACUGGAGGACCAAGGAAAAGCUAAUGGCAGUCAAGUUAAUGUUAGCAAGAGUUAUGAUGACUCCCUAAGGGAUGAAUGCUUGUUUUGUGUCAAAUUAGAUCAAGAAAUUUUAUGUGUGAGGUAACUAUUUCUGAGUAUAAAUGCCGUGACUCACAUAGAACAUCUAGCAAACAAAACAGAUACAAUUUGGUAUCUGCCUAUUGUUUGGGAUCCCACUGAGUAAUGUUGGUAGCUAUUAAAAUUCUUGAAAGUCCAGAAUCAUCAUCCACUAGAGUAGCAUUUUCCUCUGCUUUGAAAAACCUCAGCAAUCAGUGAUGACCCUGGUGAUGAUAACCAACACACAAAGCCCAGGCAACUUCUUUACCAAGACCAUUCCAUACCUUUCCAAGACUUUUCAGGGCAGUGGAGAUAGAAUGACUCCUUGGAUAUUAGGAUUGGAACCAAGGAGUCUCUAAUGAUGGAUUCUUUUUUUUCACCUUUGCUACUCAAAUCAAGUAUUGACUGGCUGGUGCUAGGCCCCCAAUGGGUUUACGAUCUAGUUGGGACUUUCCAGUUCUUACCACUUUUUUAUUUUUUGGGUCCGGUCGUGGGGCCUGAACUCUGGGCCUGGGUGCUGUCCUUCAGCUCUUCAGCUC